AUUACUGAGUCUGUGCCAGUGUUGACAGCGUCUAUGAAAUCGGGAAGACAAACCCAAAACAAGGAUGAGUGAAGAGCUUCUUUCUUUUUCCCUCACUUUUUUCUAUCACGAAAGAGAAGAUCUCCUUUUCCUGCCCCUCUCACGUGCACCGUAUCUUUCUUUCUAGGUCCAAAGUCCCUCCCUAACUCCAUCUUAACAUCUCUUAAUUAAUCCACUCUCUCUCCCUCUAGUUUCCAAUAUUUCAAGUCACAUUGUUCGGAGGUGUGGAUUGUGCAGAUUGUACAGAAAUGGCUCUUGAAACCCUUUCUUCCAACGAGUUCUUGAACUUCAUUAUCUAUGAUACUAUAUGUGCAACACCUUAUAGCAGCCAUGACUCUUUUGUGACUAAUUUCUCAUUGGAAAAUAGUUUCAGUUCCCAAGAACAAGCUAGUAGUGCUUUGAAUUGCUUUUCAAUGGUGACUCCUCCACAAUGCCGCUCAAAAGGAGCGGAAGCUGUUGACCGGAGGCCGAACUUGACAGUUCAAGGGAGGAAUAAGAGAAGGAGAAAGCCAAGGGUUUGCAAGAACAAAGAAGAGGCUGAGACACAAAGAAUGACUCACAUUGCUGUUGAGAGAAACAGGCGAAAGCAAAUGAAUGAGCAUCUGUCUGUUUUACGCUCCCUCAUGCCUGAAUCUUAUGUCCAAAGGGGUGAUCAAGCGUCUAUAGUUGGCGGUGCUAUAGAGUUUGUCAAGGAACUUGAGCAUCUUCUGCAAACCCUUGAAGCUCAAAAGCUUCGAGUGCUGCAACAAGUACCAGCUGCUGCCAAUGAAGAAACCACCAACUCCAAAUUGUUAUCACCACCAUUUGCACAAUUUUUUAUGUAUCCUCAGUACACCUGCUCUCAGAUCCCUAACAAAUAUACAUCAAAGACUAUGGCAUCAACAGCGGAUAUUGAGGUGACAUUGAUUGAAACUCAUGCUAAUCUUCGAAUUCUCUCACGAAAAGGUCCCAGGCUGCUUUCCAAGCUUGUUGCUGGUUUUCAGUCACUUUACCUUUUCAUCCUCCACCUUAAUGUCACAACCAUGGAUCCAUUAGUUCUCUACUCUAUCAGUGCCAAGGUUGAAGAAGGAUGCCAACUCAGUUCAGUAGAUGACAUAGCAGGGGCAGUUCACCACAUGCUCAGAAUAAUUGAGGAAGAUGCAACUGCCAUAUGUUGAUCAAAUUGUGCUAGCCACCUAAAUUACCUUCUGGUUUUGUGGUGAAAUCAUCAAAAUGCCACCCACUUUUAUUUUUCAUUUUAAGUUUUUUCUUGAGAGGGGUUUUAGAUGGGUUCUCGGUUUGGGUUUGUUACUUUGUUUAGUGUUUCUGCAAUUUUUAGUUUUUAGUAUUCCCGUAUGUAAAUAGCUUGAGUCAAUGAAAAGUGCAUGUGUUUCGAGUUUUU